GUAGCGUGUGUCCUCCACACUCUCUCCACACACACACCAUCUUCUUUUCCUUAUUAUUAUUAUUCAUUAUCAUCGAUUUUUUUUUUCCUUCAGUUGGUUCAGGCUUUCUCUCCACCACCAUGACAUCAAAUCAAACAUCCCUGAACCAAGCCAAGCUCGUUCUUCCAACCAAUGACCUCGAGCAACAACAUGCGACAACUCUCGAGAUCGAACCCGAGGAAACCUUUGACUACUCGAAACGAUCUCAGUGGCUGCGUGCGGCGGUGUUGGGAGCCAACGACGGUUUGGUCUCAACAGCGUCACUGAUGAUGGGUAUUGGCGCCGUGAAGCAGGACCUGAAGGUCAUGAUCCUUUCAGGGUUUGCAGGGUUGGUGGCAGGAGCUUGCAGCAUGGCCAUAGGUGAGUUUGUGUCUGUGUACUCGCAGCUUGACAUAGAGGUUGCCCAGAUGAAGAGAGAGAAAGAAAGGAUGUCUGGGAGUGACAGAGAAGAUAGCAACGAAGAAGAGAAAGAGGGUUUGCCAAAUCCUUUGCAGGCUGCAGCAGCAUCAGCUUUGGCUUUUUCUGUUGGUGCAAUGGUGCCAUUGCUUGCAGCGUCCUUUAUAAGGGAAUAUAAGGUGAGGAUUGCGGUGGUUGUGGCUGCUGUCACCGUCGCGUUGGUGGUGUUUGGUUGGUUAGGGGCUGCGUUGGGUAAGGCUCCGGUGUUUAGGUCUUCUAUGAGGGUCUUGUUUGGGGGUUGGAUGGCCAUGUUCAUCACCUUUGGUCUAACCAAGUUGAUUGGUUCAAGUGGACUCUAGAAUAGUUUCUUCUCCUUGUUUUGUAUGUGAUGUUAUGUGUUAUAGAUAUAGUUAUAGUUAUAACUGUGUUAAUUAUGCAGUUAUGUAGACUCUCUUUUCAUUUUUUGCUUAAAAAAAAUGAUGAGAUGAGACAUAGGUUAAAGAAAGUUGUUUUGAUUGGCAUAACUAUAGCACAAAAAGAGGGUAAGGUGUUUCAAAGUAUUGUAAUCUGUAAAUGGAGUUCUCUUUAUGUGUAUGAUGAUAAUUGAUAAAGCUUGGAGUUUUCUGUGGGUUGGUUUAUUAUCAUAUUUGGAUUAAUCAGUGAGGCAUGGUGUGUUAUUCUCAAAUUACUAAACAACGAAACAUGAUUUUUAUUUUUCUUAAA